CUAAUCAGAGGAAAUUUUUAUAGGUAAAACAUAACUUUAUUUUCCUGCUUCUCAAGAAAGAAAAAAGAAACAGAAAACUCUGACACUGGAAAAGUGCCUUUUGCACGAACGUUGGAAGAAUUAAAAGAUAGUAUCAUCUACUGAGGCACACUGUUGCGAUUGAUAUUCCUUGGAGACAGUGUGCAUCUGAGGAGCAAGAAGGAUCAUUCUCUUGUACAGAAGCUCAGACCAAAAUGGAAAUAGACAAGAACCUGCUUCUCAAGCAAAAUCAAGCAACUGAAGGAAGCCCAGCUUUCUCUUUGCAAUUUAACAACCAGGACUUUGUUAAACUGCAAAACUACUGCCUGCAACAGGGCCUACUUUUUGAAGAUGAUACAUUUCCAGCAAAUAGUUACUCCAUUGGACUUACCAGUAAUUUGUUUCCACAAGAGAAACUGAGAAAAGUACAGUGGUUGAGACCUCAUGAACUGGUCAGAAAUCCAUGUUUAUUUGUGGAUGGAAUAAGCAGAUUUGAUAUUCUUCAAGGACAAAAAAUAGGUAACUGUUGGGUUUUAGCAGCUCUGGGUGCUUUGACCCAACAACAACAGUUCCUGAAAAAUGUAAUUCCUAAAGACCAAGGAUUUAAUCACACUUAUGCAGGGAUCUUUCAUUUUCAGUUCUGGUAUUUUGGAAACUGGGUUGAUGUGGUGAUAGACGACCGACUGCCUUUCAUUGAUGGAAAUUACUUAUCUGUUCAUCCCAGGAGCAAGAAUGAAUUCUGGCCAUCUCUGCUUGAGAAAGCUUAUGCCAAAUUGCGUGGUUCUUAUGAGAAGUUGCAUUACGGUUUUAUCUCAGAAGCUUUCGUGGAUCUCACAGGUGGGGUCCAGUUGACAUUCAAUCUUAGAAGCCCUACUGAUCCUUUGUAUGAAAUAAUGAAAAGUGCUGCUUUGUCAGACUGUCUCAUGGCAUGCAGCACUCCUCCAAUGAAAAAACCAGGUAGCCAAGUAUUGGAGAAUGGAAUUGUGCAGCAACAUGUCUAUGCUGUUAUAGAUGCCACAGAGGUUCCUUACAUGUACAGGAAAGAACCUCUAAUCAAACUUUGGAAUCCAUGGGGCACUGUGGAAUGGAAUGGAGCUUGGAGUGAUCAUUCUGAGGAGUGGGAUCAAGUCCCUCAAUCAUUCAAGGACAAAUUAUAUGUGAACAGAGCUGAUGGCGAAUUCUGGAUAUCAUUUGAAGAUUUGAAAGACAAUUUUUCAUUCCUGUCUGUUUGCAAUAACUUGCCCACAUUCCUGGAUUUUGGUACGAAAAGCAAUACGUCUUGGUCUUUGGUUUCAUAUUUCAACCAAUUAUCUCCAGAAGGGAGCAAUCUUCAAAGUGCUCUUUCAAGAAAUCAUCAAUAUUUCAUCAAAGUUCCAGAGCUUAUGACUAAAUACAACGUUGUAGUAGCAUUGAUGCAAAGACCUGCAAAUACCUCACGGAUGCUGGUACAUAUAGGUUUCCAGCUAAAAAAGGUGACAUCAUCUGGUAGAACCAUAGUUCAUGACACACAGCUAAAGGUAACACGAGAUAUCACGGUUUACUAUCAACUGAAACCUGGAGAUUACAUAAUCAUUCCAACAACAUCACCACAAAACCAAGAAUUAAAGUUUCUUCUACGAAUCUUUCUAAGAAGUCAAGGCGAUAUAAGGGAGCCAAUCAAUGAAUUGAGUUCAGAGACGACAAAGGACCCAGACAACUAUGAACGUGUCUUCUUAAGAUAUGCUUCUCAGAGUUCCUACUUGGAUGCCUCACAGUUACAAAGGAUUCUGAAUGAUGUUCUCCUAAAAGAUCUAAUGGCUGGCCGGGGAACUGGAGAUGGAUUCAGCUUUGAUUCAUGCAAAAGCCUUUUAGCUCUGAUGGAUAUAAAUGCUAAUGGAAAACUGUCACUCCAAGAAUUUAAAAGACUGUGGAGAGCUUUCAAGAAAUAUGAGGAUAUAUUUGGAAGAGAGGAUGAAAAUAAUUCUGGAUUCCUAACUGUUUCAAAUUUGCGAAGAAUUGUGCAAGAAACAGGCACGUAUGUCAGUGACAAAGUCCUCCAGCUUCUGGUUUUACGCUAUGGAGACUCAACCCAGAGAAUAAACUUUCCUGAUUUUGUGUGCUGUAUGUUUCGUCUUGAGACAAUGGCAAAGGCAUUCCUCAAUUUAUCAAAAAAUAGGGGAAGUAUCUGCUUUACUGAAGAUGAGUGGAUGACCAUGAUCAUGUACUGCUAAUCUAAUUAUACUACUUUGGAAUACAGGCAACUCAUUUCCGAGUUUCAAAUGAAAGUUGUGGAUUGUGAAGGCCUGUUUAAUUGGAGAUGGAAUAGAAUUAGUCAAAGACUUGAAGCAAUCUAGACAUAAUCAGAAGAAUAAAAAACAUGCAGAAAAUGGUACCCAAUAAGAUAAUGGUAGAAAUGUGCAGGAAAAAAAUGUUUACUAUCAUAUGAAUGAAUGUCUUGGGAUGACUUUUUAAAAAUAAUCCACACUAAAGACCUCCAAGGUCCUUUCCAACUCCAUUUUCUGUUACAUGGAAUAACCUUCCAAGUUACAGCCAUUCAGGUUUGUUGAACUAAGUUCCCAUCAACCACAGUGUAACCAAUAAAUUUACAUUCUUAAUCUUAUAUUGGUUUGAUUGUGUUUUAGCACUUUGUUUCCCAAGACUUAAUUGUUUAUCAAAACUGCAUAAUCUUAGGUGAUCUUAUCAUAAACCAAAAUGCAAAGAAUAUAUUUGAGAAAUCAAUACAAAAACAAAACGCUUGGAACGCACUACCUGACUCUGUGGUCUCUUCUCAAAAUCCCAAAAACUUCAACCAAAAACUGUCUACUAUUGACCUCACCCCAUUCCUAAGAGGACUAUAAGGGGCGUGCAUAGGAGCACAAAAGUGCCUACUGU